AUGGCCCCAAAAGGCAGAGUUAUGAACGGCCCAUACGGCGGAAUGGGGGGCAGCUACUACAACGCAGAGCACGGAUCCCACAAGGUCAAAAAGAUCAACGCCUGGGGCCGCAGCUAUGCAGGAUACGAUGUGUUGAAUGGAUUCCAGUUCACCUUUGACGACGGCCAACUUGGUCCGCUUGUCGGCCACAUCAACGCCAACGUCCCAGGGGAAUUUGAGUUCCACGAUGGUGAGAAGAUCGCCUCCAUGAAUGUGUAUGCUGGAGACGGUGAGGGCUUUGUCAAUGGCUUCAAGUUCGACACGAACCAGGGCCGCCAUUUCGAAAUCGGUGGGAAGGAAGGGAAGAACAACCCCCUUGCUAAUCUUGGGACUGGCGACUGGAUUGCAGCGGAAGGGAGAGAUCCUAUUCAUGGUGCUGACGACGUUGUUGAUAAUAUUGAGAUUUACUUCAAUGCUUGA